AUGAAUCCCCAGUACACGCGUGCCCUGUUACGAGUCUCUCCAAGAGCCCCACUGGCACUUCGGCCAUAUCCUAUAUCCGGAAUUGCUCGUCUAUACGCCACACAGAGCAAAUCGAGCAGCACGACUAAGAAGCGGAGGAACAUCACAGUACUCUCCGACGAUGGACGAUAUGAGUGGGGCGAGUUGAGUGGUGGAGAGAAGUUUUCACGGGCUACACAGCAGUCAUUCAACUUUCUCAUUGUGAUAGCAGGUGUGGUGUUGACGGGCGGUGUCUUUACUAUCUUAUGGCAGGACGUUAUCUCACCGAACAGUCGGACAUGGCAAUUCGAAAAGGCAGUUGAUCGUAUCAAGGACGAUGCGCGGUGCACAAAGCUUCUUGGCGACCCACGAGAAAUUAAGGCGUUUGGUGAAAAUACCUCAAGCAAAUGGGCGCGGCAUCGACCUAUUGCGACGGCUGUUGAGAAGGACCGUUUGGGCCGCGAGCAUCUUCGCAUGAACUUCCACGUCGAAGGUCCUCUUAACUCGGGUAUCGUCUUUGUACACCUGAUCAAGCCUCUGGAUCAGAGCGAGUGGGAAUACCAGCUGCUUGCGUUGGAUGUGAAGGGCCACUCUCGAGUCAUUCUUGAGAAAGCUGUGGAGAAGACUAGCGUUGCUAGCUCAAUGAAGCUUUUCGGCAUCCAAUGGCGUUGA